UCCGUACAAUCACAGUCCAGGAAGAGCUCCUAUCUUUCGAUCUUUGAAACCAACGCCAAACCCUCGACACCCAACAAAGACAUUUUCGUGUGAGAAAAUCAGUUGUCAUGGAUAGGACCACUGUGAUGCUGCUGGUUUCUGUGGACUGACACCAUUAAAGUAAUACUACGCUGAUUCAUGUACUGAGCUGCUUCAGUUAUCCUGGCACAUACGCUAUCCGGAAGGAUGAAGCUGCGACUGCAUUUUGUGGUGGACCCCAUGGGCUGGUUCUGCAUGAGCAUGGUGCUGUUUGUCUGGUUCUAUAACAGCUUCAUUAUUCCCAAACUAGUGCUGUUGCCACACUAUGCGGAGGGACAUAUACCCACUUCGCUUGUGGUCUGUUACUAUCUAGCAUCACUGCUGUGUGUCUCAGCAUUAUUCAGGGCUUCCACCGCCGACCCCGGAAAACUUGCUCAGGACCCCAAAAUUCCACUCGGAGAGAGAGACGACUGGGAACUGUGCAAUAAAUGCAACAUGAUGAGACCAAAGAGGUCACACCACUGCAGCCGCUGCGGCCACUGUGUCCGUCGCAUGGACCACCACUGUCCCUGGAUUAAUAACUGUGUUGGGGAGGAUAACCACUGGCUCUUUUUGCAGCUGUGUUUUUACACUCAGGUUCUGAGUCUUUACACUCUGGUGCUGGACUUUUGCCAGUACUACUACUUCCAGCCCCUGUCCUCGGUGGACCGGGCGGAGUUUGCAGUACGUCAUGAGUUGGCUCUUCUACGUGGGUCCUGUUUCAUGGGGCUGAUUAUGUUUGGUGGAAUGAGUAGCCUUUUCUACACACAAGUCAAAGGAAUCCUCGCAGACACAACGACCAUAGAGAAGAUGUCGCACUUAUUGGAAGACAUUGGACCGCGGCGGUCGUGGCAGCAAGCAAUGGCUGAGGUGUUUGGCACUCGCUGGAAGAUCCUGUGGUUCCUGCCGUUUAGGAGCAGACAGCCUCUAAGGCUCAACCUGACCUCACGCUCUCAUGUGUAGACAGACAGACAGAGACACACACACAUCUCUCCAGUGGGAAAGGUUACCCUCCGACCCCAAUCUCUCCCCCCUCCCCCUUUGUCUUCAGCAAAACACUCUCCACUAUAGAUUGGUAUCUCUACUGGAUCAAACUUCUUCAGGUUCUACAUUACUGAUGAAAAUAAUCUGAUAUAUACAUCUAUUCAUAUAGAAUGAAGUUGGAAAUGACAGUGUCAAAUAUGUAGUCUUUUUCUGUUUUGACUGCACAUGCUGGGUCAGGGAAGGUCAAGGGAAUAGUUGAUUGUGAGGCUUUGUUGUCUCCAGGGUAACCCUUAUUUGUUGAGCCCUCUGCCCAGUCCUCUCCCCCAGGUCUGGAUCACGUGAGCACUUGUCAUGCAAGUGGGCGGAGAUUGUCUGGUUUUAUGGCACUGAGGGUUGAUGGCUCUCGAGGUGAGUCAUGACCUCUGGCAUGGGUGAAAGACACUGCUGAAGUUUCGUUUAACAACGCACACAUACACGUACAAAAACACAGUUUACAAUACCUUUUACUAUAACGCACAUAAUUACGCAUUCCUCUGCACCAAGCACUGCUAAUGCCUGCUAAGCGUUUGACUACUAUAACUGUAUUUGAUUGUUUUCUUUUUCAUUGUUUAUGUUUUUGUGCCUUUUAAAAUCCGUGUUUUUAAAUCAUUUGUGUCUUAUUAAACAUUUAUUUUUAUGUUUAUAUCACAGUGGAAAUGGGGUGCAUUAUUUUGAGGAGCUGUUAAACUAAUAAUAAUAAUAAUAUCCAAUGAUGCUUUAUUUUAAAUGACACAUCAAAAAAAGUUCAAAUGUUCUAAAUUAAAUUCACUAAAAAGGAUUAAACAUGAUUUAUAUUUUUUUUAUUUUUGCCUGGAUAGGUUAUUGGACAAGACUAUAAAUGCAUAACUUGUCAUUAAAUUACCUUGUAACAUUUGUACAAGUUCCAAAUCCAAACCCUGAAAUCAAGUAGCAAAUCCCCAAAUGUCUGAAGUGCCUCUAAACAUGCAGUUCUAAUAAAAUAACUUACUAUACGUUAGCUGAAAAAAAGACACUACUGUGACUUUUUUUGGUUUACAGUUUUCUGAAAACACCGUAAUGAUCCACAAGUACAUCUGGGGUAAACACAUUUAUACUUACAAGCCAAUCUUAAACAGUUAAACAAUAAUUUUUCUUGUCAUGAUGGCUCUGAUAGCGAUUGGUUGCCCUUUCUAUCUUAAAUCUAGCUCUAGUUGAGAUCCCAUUUGAAAAGCUAGAUUGAGAAUAUGAAUUUAAUUUAAAACAAGCUCAAAUGUACCACUAUCAUAACCUGAAGUAGUUACAAUUUGUCAACAGAAGAGAAUCUCUUUGUCUCGCAUUACACUCCACACAAAUAAUGUUAUAAAUCAGCUCUUUGUUUUUUGUUACAGCAUUUAGAAGCUGAAAACAGUUACUUAUUACAAGAGGUACAGACUUGAAUAUGUAUUGUGAAUAUCAUGUUUUUUUUAACUUUUUUAUUUGUCUUUUUCUGUUGGUUGUUAUUGUUUCAGUACAUUUUAUGACUUGUGAUUUUACGGAAUGGGGGUCAUAUUAUUGGUUAUUAAAAACUGCUGAGUUUCUUCUAUUUUAGAAUUUCUGAGCACAGUAGCUGUCUUAAAUUUUAUUAAGAUUGAUUUUUUUUUUUUUUGCUGUUAAACCAAUGUUGUGAAUUAUCUAAAUCUUUUCAUCACUACCCAACUGUCACAAUGGGGGAAGAUAUUGUGCAGGGGCUUCUGGAUUGAUUCCAUUACUUGAUUCAAAUGACAUUUAUUUAAUAUUUAAUAUUAUAGAACAACUGAAUUAUAUUAACAUCUUAUCAAUUAUUAAGAGAGCUUAUAAAAGUGCAGUACUCACUGAAGCUUCAUGUUUAUAGGCUGUGUGUGCGUGUGUGUGUGUGUGUGUGUGUGUGUGUGUGUGUGUGCGCGCGUGUGUACUGUAUGUGUCAAUUGUGAAGCAAUAAGACCUGCUAGAAUUUAUUCACUGUUAUAGCAGAUAUUACUAUUGUGAGUACAGAUAUUCCACUGAACAUUGUGUUACUUUAAUACACUAUUCAUAAAUAUUAUAAUAUAAGCAACCAGUAAGCGCUGUCUUGUAAUAUGUCCUGACGACCAUAUUCAGGUUUAUGAUUGAAUCAUGUCAGUUAUGGAGUUUGUUUAUUAGCUUAUUUUUUGUGGAGUCAUUCAUAAUAUUUAUUUUGUAUGGGUCAUGGGAGUUUAAAGCAUAUCAAAUUAUUUAUGAAAGCAUUUUUUUAAAUAAACGGUGUUCUUUUACUUGACUACAG